UGCCUGGAUGUGGCUCGAGCUCGCGGCCGGGCGCGCGGGGCGGGGGCCCUGGAUUAUCCGCGGCGCCUCCCGCCCCAGCGGAGCCGAAAGUUACUCGGAGCCGCUUUCCUCGCGGCCGGCGUCACCCCGGGGCGGGAGCUUUUCUGCCGAGCCGCGGCCCCGCGCGUCCCUCCCGCCGCCCAGACCCGCGCGUCCUUCCCACCUGCUGUGGCCGAAGCGGCUGCCGGGGCGGCCGGGCCGCGCUCCCGGAGACAGACGCGCUGCGCUCCCCCCGCCGGGGACCCGCUCUCCAUUCGCGAGGGCAGCGGCGGAGCUGGGAGCGAGUUAUCAACAGAUUGCGGGGCUGCGGCGCCGGCCGAAGUCUCCAGGCUCGGUGCGGCAGGAUGAGGAGCUGCCCGCCUGGAGGAUCGAUCACGCAGGCCUCUGGGCAGCAUUCAGCAGAGAUGCAGAACCGGAGGGUACGUUCCUGUUUACACUGAUACAUAGUUAUACAGGUGAAGAGCUUCACAGUGAGGAAGCGGCUCACGCGGCCAUGAGGGACCCAGGCAGGAGAUGCUGUUGCUGCCCCAGCAACUCCACGAGUGCUCGAUGGAAAACCGCGGACAGCAGCCUUGCCAAGCGGACGCCCAGGGCCGACCACUGCAGCCCCUCCAGCCACGUUCUCCAUCAGGGCAGCCUCCUGCUGGCUUUGGCACUGCAGGCAGCACACCAGCGAGGGGUGGGGCUGUGGGCCACGAAGCGUCAUCCGUGGACGUGCCACGAAGGAAACAGCUGCCGGACGCCGCCUGACAGCAACGAGAGCCCCACUUCUGAGGCGCGCGACUCUCGAGGGCUUUGUUGUUUAUUUGGCACCCGAGGCCCAGGCUCACAGGAUCUCGGGUGCACGGGACCCCCCAGCCCUUCUCACUGCUCUGCGAUUCUGCCUCCCUUCCGGAAAGGGCUGACACGUGGCCUGGGCACCCGGCCACAGACGUGGGGAGAGGACGCUUCUUAUCAACUCUGCCACAGAAGCCGUCACAGGCAGCCCGGAAUUGUAAUGAGGGCUCAUCACAGGGAACCACGGAGCCGCACUGCCGACCUUAUCAGCGACACGCAUGCGCUCCUGCCCCUUAACGUCCAUGAAGUUGGACGGCGAAGCCCACGGCCACCAGAUGCCAUCUUCGCCUUGAGACCCCCCGAUUUCAUGCAGAUGAUUCCUUCUGGAUUCAGAAACCCGAAUAAUCAGCCACACGACCUGGUUUUCACAAAAGCCUCCAUCCUGGGGGUCAGGAGCCACCUCUUGGAGCCUGGUGGUUCCUCCAGGGCCGAAUCCAUCGUUGGGGUCUUCCCAGGAGUGGGGGUGGCUCUGGGGCCUUUCUCGGCCCCGUCCCUGCUCUGUCAGGGCUGGGACGCCAUCCCGUCUGGCCAGCCAUCCCUGGGCCGUGGUCACAAGAAGGACGGGGAUCCAGCCCCCACCGCGCCCCUCGGGGUCCUGCUUAGCCCUGGAGCAUCUUCAAGGGUCAGCCCAGGUGCCGUCCCUGGGGCGUCUGGCCUGGAGGACUCUGAACAGGCCCAUGGUGCAGCCAGCCCCUUCCUAGGACCAGAGCCGGCAGCGGCUGGGGAGCUGUCCCUGGUGCUGCCCGGAGCUCCCUACAAGCAGCGAGUGGACCUUCCUGGACUGGGCUGGGUGGGGGUCCACCACCAGGAGGCCCUUUCCUCAGGAAUCGCUCUGGGGGGUGAUAAGCACUUGAACCGACUGCAUCUGGGGAGCGGCUGGUGCUACAGAGACGGGGAGACCGGGUCAGGGGCCCUGGGGGCUGGUGUCGAGCACGGCAGCUCCAUCUGGCCUGGGCAGGUGGCCACGGCAGCGCAGGCAUCCUCCCUGGAAGAUGCAGAGACUUUGGGAACCACAUCAUCACCCAGGAGGCAGGGGAACCCGUGGGGCCUGAGACACGGGCACCAGCACACGCGGCCGCAGAGCCUGGCACCCUCGGUUCCUAAAGGCGCCGCCCAGGAGCAAACACCCUGCUGA